AUGUCGGAAAUUCUUGCUUUCACACCAACCUUUUUCAAAUUAAUAGAUUUCGACACCAUAUGUGUCCGAAAAGAUUUUAGCUUACCGCCGGAUAUUUUGACACCUGAAGUAUUAGCUGAUAGAGCGGCUAAAGCAAGUGCUAGAAUUUCUGGUCGUUAUCAAAAGUUAAAUAGAAAUUAUGCAUUUGAUGGGGAUAAUUCAACGCAUAAUAAGAUGAUCAAAAGAUCUUACGGGAAUGGCAAUGGUAAUGGGGAAAGUUACUCGACCACGUGGAAAUCUUUUCAAGGUCGACCCUAUCCUUUUCGCAAAAGAAAAAAUAGUCGAUUAUUAGAUGAAGAAGAGAUUCGAGCACUUCCAAAACAGCCGAGUUAUGAAAAAUAUAAUGCCCGAGCAUUCGAAGAAAAUCCUUUCAUGAAACAAACAACUCCUUCAACACUCAUCAAAGGGACAUAUAAAUUAAAUGCCGAGCAGAUCGAGCGUUCCUUUCUACAAGUUUGCUUUAGCGAACAGGUGAAUUCUCUAAUUAAAGCUGCCGAAUGGUUAGAAAAAAAUGAUGUGCCAGUCGAACAAGAGCUUAAUUCUGAAUCCAACCGCCGAAUAAUUGAAACCACAUCCGAAGCUUGA